GUCAUGUGACUCGACGGCCGCACCAUGGCGGAAGCAGAGGAGCAGGAAUCUGGGUCUCUUGAGGAAUCUACAGAUGAGUCUGAGGAAGAAGAGAGUGAAGAGGAGCCCAAACUGAAGUAUGAAAGGCUUUCCAAUGGAGUCACUGAAAUUCUUCAGAAGGGUGCAGCGAGCUGCAUGACAGUCCAUGACAAGUUUCUGGCACUGGGCACACAUUAUGGCAAGGUUUACUUACUUGACGUCCAAGGAAACAUCACUCAGAAGUUUGAUGUAAGUCCUGUGAAGAUAAAUCAGAUUAGCCUGGAUGAAAGUGGAGAACACAUGGGUGUGUGUUCAGAGGAUGGCAAGGUGCAGGUAUUUGGGCUGUAUUCGGGAGAAGAAUUUCAUGAGACUUUUGACUGUCCCAUUAAAAUCAUUGCUGUGCACCCACAUUUUGUGCGAUCCAGUUGCAAGCAGUUUGUAACCGGAGGGAAAAAGCUGCUGCUAUUUGAACGGUCAUGGAUGAACAGAUGGAAGUCUUCCGUUCUGCACGAAGGGGAAGGGAACAUAAGGAACGUGAAGUGGAGAGGCCAUCUCAUUGCUUGGGCCAAUAACAUGGGUGUGAAGAUUUUUGACAUCAGCUCAAAGCAAAGAAUCACCAACGUGCCCCGGGAUGACAUAAGUCUCCGGCCAGACAUGUACCCCUGCAGCCUGUGCUGGAAGGACAGCGUGACCCUGAUUAUCGGCUGGGGCACUUCCGUCAAGAUAUGCUCAGUGAAGGAACGACAUGCCAGUGAAAUGAGGGAUUUGCCAAGCCGCUAUGUUGAAAUAGUGUCUCAGUUUGAAACAGAGUUCUACAUCAGCGGACUGGCACCUCUCUGUGAUCAGCUUGUCGUACUUUCCUACGUAAAGGAGGUUUCAGAAAAAUCGGAAAGAGAAUACUGUGCCCGGCCUAGACUGGACAUCAUCCAGCCACUUUCCGAGACGUGCGAGGAGAUCUCUUCGGAUGCGCUGACGGUCCGAGGCUUUCAAGAGAAUGAGUGCAGAGAUUAUCAUUUAGAAUCCUCGGAAGGGGAAUCACUCUUUUACAUCGUGAGUCCGAGAGAUGUCGUUGUGGCCAAGGAACGAGACCAAGAUGACCACAUCGACUGGCUCCUUGAAAAGAAGAAAUAUGAAGAAGCCUUGAUGGCAGCUGAAAUUAGCCAAAAGAACAUUAAAAGACAUAAGAUUCUGGAUAUUGGCUUGGCCUAUAUAAAUCACCUGGUGGAGAAAGGAGAAUAUGACACAGCAGCACGCAAAUGCCAGAAGAUUCUUGGAAAAAAUGCAACACUUUGGGAAUAUGAAGUUUAUAAAUUUAAAGAAAUUGGACAGCUUAAGGCUAUCAGUCCUUAUUUGCCAAGAGGGGAUCCAGUUCUGAAGCCACUCAUUUACGAAAUGAUCUUACACGAAUUCCUGGAAAGUGAUUAUGAGGGUUUUGCCACAUUGAUCCGAGAAUGGCCUGGAGAUCUGUAUAACAAUUCGGUAAUAGUUCAAGCAGUCCGGGACCACCUGAAGAAAGAUAGUCAGAACAAGACUUUACUUAAAACCCUGGCCGAACUGUACACCUAUGACAAAAACUAUGGCAAUGCUCUGGAAAUAUACCUUACAUUAAGGCAUAAAGAUGUCUUCCAGUUGAUCCACAAGCAUAAUCUUUUCAGUUCUAUCAAGGAUAAAAUUGUUUUAUUAAUGGAUUUUGAUUCAGAGAAAGCUGUUGACAUGCUUUUGGACAAUGAAGACAAAAUUUCAAUUAAAAAGGUAGUAGAAGAACUGGAAGACCGACCAGAACUGCAGCAUGUGUAUUUGCAUAAGCUUUUCAAGAGGGACCAUCAUAAGGGGCAGCGUUACCACGAGAAACAGAUCAGCCUUUAUGCUGAAUAUGAUCGACCAAACUUACUGCCCUUCCUCCGAGACAGUACCCACUGCCCACUGGAAAAGGCUCUUGAGAUCUGUCAACAGAGGAACUUUGUAGAAGAGACAGUUUAUCUUCUGAGCCGAAUGGGAAAUAGCCGAAGCGCCCUGAAGAUGAUUAUGGAGGAGUUACAUGAUGUUGAUAAAGCAAUCGAAUUUGCCAAGGAGCAAGAUGAUGGAGAACUCUGGGAAGAUUUGAUAUUAUAUUCCAUUGACAAACCACCAUUUAUUACCGGCUUGUUAAACAACAUUGGCACGCACGUUGACCCAAUUUUGCUGAUUCACCGUAUUAAAGAAGGAAUGGAGAUUCCCAAUUUGAGAGAUUCCUUGGUUAAAAUUCUCCAGGACUACAAUUUGCAAAUUCUGCUUCGAGAAGGCUGCAAGAAGAUUCUCGUAGCUGACUCUUUGUCCUUGCUGAAGAAAAUGCACCGGACUCAAAUGAAAGGUGUUCUGGUUGAUGAGGAGAAUAUCUGCGAAUCGUGCCUUUCCCCUAUUCUGCCAUCAGAUGCAGCGAAGCCCUUCAGCGUGGUAGUCUUCCAUUGCCGGCACAUGUUCCACAAGGAGUGCCUGCCUGUGCCUAGCAUGAAUUCUGCACAGUACUGCAACAUCUGCAGCGCUAAGAACCGUGGACCAGGAAGUGCAAUUUUAGAGAUGAAAAAGUAGCCCAAUUCUGCUUGUCAGUCCCCUCCUCAUGACUCUCUUUAAGACUGUUUUUGCAAAAACAGAAUUAUUUGUUGAUACCAGUAGUGGAGAGCUUUGUUCAUGUUUAUGUUAUGCUCAAAUACGGUUUCCUCAUCUUUGCCUGUCUUGUAGAAGUUAGGGCUUUUUCCACACCCUGAAGCACUUGGAUCUGUGGUCAUUUAUCUGUUUGGCUUAUUACUGAGUAAUCAAUACAUAAGCCUAGGAGUCAGAAGCAGAUUUUUUCGACCUAAAUAAAGCUGUUCAACCACCAAGUGGUCUACAGAUCACUGUCCUGGCCAUGUGAAAACAUCUCCAGCUGCAGUUCUCCCGCAAGCUCCUUCCCACAGCUCGGACCUCGCCUCCAUGUACUCUGCUGGCCGCAUUCUCUCUUUCAAGUUUGACUUUCUUUGUCAUCAGCUGUGGUUCACAUCUUAAGAAGCAUCUAAUGAAGCAUCACCAUGACACUGUCAUUCAUUCGGUGACAUCUGGGAGUAGCAUUAACAGGCUGGUGUCCUGUGGCUUUCUGUUUACCAGCCACGUGUUGUGUGUCCUGACAGCUGGCAGAGUAACUGGCCCGGGCAGGCACUCAGUGUCUGUUGAUGGGAUAAAUGUAGGCUCUUCUCAUUGUGAAGGACUCACUUCUACUGGGUUGAACAACUGCAAUCAAGAAGCCUAACACCUUACAUGGAAUAGAACAGGGCUUCAACCCUUUGGUGGCGGAGUGGUUAUAGUUGGGUUUUCUGGUAGGAAGGAAAGAAUCAACCCCAUCCAAACUGAGGGGGAUUCUCAGGAAAAAAUGAAACUGUCUGAUACUAACACCUGGGUCUGAUCCUGGUUCCUUUUGCCCUCUAUGGGGCCUCUCCAUAGAACAAAAGGUACUGCAGAGAGAACUCAGACUUGUGACUGUAACAGUCACUGGCCUCAUCUGUCUUGGGAUAUCCCUGCAUAAAAGUAUGAAAAAACACAUACACUUAUUCCUGUCCUCCUACUCCCGUCAGCAGGAGGGAGUGCAACUUUCUGUGCCUUCUUUUUAGGGAGGACAGGAUGCUCCUGAUUACUGAGCACCUGUAGACCACCAGCCACUCCCAUUAACAUCCAUUUGAUCCUGACCUCCCCAGGAAGAAGAUACUACAUCCUUGGUUCACAGGUGAAGAACCCAAUAUGUAGAAAUGUUGUCAUGGCACAGAGAUGACUGCCUGUUUCAGAUUAGGGCUCCCUCUCCCUUUCAGAAAUCACAGGACUGAAGCAGGCACUGUGGCACAGAGGGUAAAGCUGCUGCCUGUGAUGCCAGCAUCCCAUAAAGGCUCGAGUUCAAGUCCUGGCUCUCCCUCUCCAUAACUCUAAGCUUCAGAUAAAUAAAAGUAAGAUCUUAAAAAAAAAUCAUUGGACUAAGUUCAAAGCAAACAUACAACAGAUACAUCUCUUCAGCUUGGGGUUAAAAUUCUCUAGCAAGCAACAGGUUUGUUAGUCAUAAAUAUUUAGCAUUGGAAGAAUCUUUGCUGUUACUGAAUGUACUCCUCCACCUUCUUACAUUUUCUUUUUCCAAGUCUGGUAUUCUUUCUGCUACAUUGCUAAUUUACAUGUUUUGAAAAACAUGAAACCCUUGCCUCACAAAAAUAUGUUACAAGUAAGCCUAUUUUGUUUUCAACAUUACCAAUUUAAUGUAAUUAUUCAGCUUAAAUUAUAAAACUUAUAUCAUUA